ACCAGAAAAACUUUUUUUAAUGAAUAUUGAAAGUUGUAAUGUCAGGAUGGAAGGUUUUUCAUCAUCCUGGUGUGCAGCAGCAUCUCUCGUGAUGCAUGAGUGCACGGGUCCAGGCGGCCCCGCCUUUCCCUGUUCCCUGUAUAUAGACUGCAGGGAAACCCCAUCAGAGCAUUAGAGACACCGAUGGAGAUCACUGAGCCAGCAGCAGAUGUGAAGUCAACUCCGGAUUCAACUUUGUUUUUAGCUGCGAGAUGUCCGUGUCAGGUCGCCCUGUGGACGUUUUGUAGGGCGUAUAUGUGGAAACAAUAAAACUAUACGAGUUUUCAUAUGACUUUUUAAAAGUUUUUUUUCAUUUUAAAUAACAUUAAAUUUAUCCUGGAUUUUGUUUCUACGUCGGGGAAAGUUACCGCGUUCCGCCAUGCUGUCCAGCGUGCGCCGGCACAGCCUCCGCCUGCAGACCGAGCUGCACCGGUGGAGCAUCUGCGACGCGGGAAGCCACGCGCUCCCGGACAGCCUCCUGGCGCGCGUUCCCGCCUGCAUCUCCCGCUCCAAGUCCUGCGCCAGCUCCGCCGGGGAGUCGGAUGGUAGCCGCGGGAGUUGGUCGUCAUCGGACUCGGUCAUUUCUGCGGAUUUCGUCGGCGAGCCAGCCGAGCCCGAGAGUCCGUACAGGGUGGUGCUGAUGGGGGCCGGCGGGGUCGGGAAGACGGCGUUCGCCAGCAUCUUCGCGGGGGCAGCGGACAGCAUGGACAGCGACGACUGCGAGCUGUGUGUGGAGGAACUGUGUGAAAAAGAAAUUGAAGUUGAUGGAGAACCUGCAACCAUCACCUUGGUGGACAUGUGGGAUGCAGAGACUGAUGAAUGGACCCAGGAGCAGUGCAUGCAGACGGCUGAUGCCUACUUGCUGUUGUAUUCCAUAACUGACCGGGCUUCGUUCCUGAGAGCUUCUGAGCUCAGAAUAACCCUCCGUCGCUUCUGUCCGGCCCGAUAUACCCCGAUCAUCCUGGUGGGGAACAAGUGUGAUCUGGUGCGGCGCAGAGAAGUACCAACCAGUGAGGGUCGCGCGUGUGCGGCUGUGUUUGACUGCAAGUUCAUCGAGACCUCAGCUGCCAUGCAGCACAACGUCUGGGAGUCGUUCUACGGCAUCGUGCGGCAGCUGCGUCUGCGCAGAGACUCUAGGGAGGAGAGCAGGCGGCGCAGGCACAUACACUGUAGCACACGGCGAGAGAGCCUUCCCAUGAAGGCCAAACGCUUCUUUGACAAGGUGGUGGCAAAGAACAAUCCCACAGUGGCAUUCUGGCUGAAGUCAAAGUCCUGCCACAAUCUCUCGGUUUUGUAGCCGGUUUCCCCAUCAGAUGAGGAGAAGCUACAGACACAGCUGGAGGAAAACCUGUUUCUGAAGGACUCCAGGCCAUCUUUCUGCUCUCUAGCAAAAAGAUGAGCUUGAAAACAUUUGUGUCUUCACUGCUUUCACAGACUGGACAACAGGAAACAGGAAGUACAUAUAGACUGGAAAUGAAAGAUUAAGAUGUAAUUCUGUUCAUUUCUAUGUAACUUUUUCUCUUACCUCAUCAUCUUGUUCCGUUUUAGCCAAAACUGUGGACUGGUCAUCCCCAAGUGCUGAUAUGAUCAUUUGUAAGCUUUUUGCUAAAUGUGUAAAAUCUCUUUUGCUACCUUCGUGAUGAAUGUCGACCUUCAUCAUUGAUUUUGUUUAUAUUGUAUUGUGUUUUGCACUUUGUAAAAUAAAAAACAAGACCCGUGA